AUGCUAGUUGCACAUCAUCUUUACAGCAUAGUCUACUCACUAGCUUUCAUUGUUGCGAGAGCCGCCUUGGAUUCCCACAAUAACAGCGCCACUGCUGUUGGCCACCUCGGCCCCGAGACAAAUAUUCCGAUUGCAAUCAAAAGGUUCGCAUCGUUGGGCGAUUCGUAUGCUUCUGGUGUAGGCGCAGGAAAGCUGCUCGACAGGGGCUGUUGGCGGUAUAGCGAUAGCUAUCCUGCCCAGCUGAAUAAUUCCGCCAUACUCAGAGACUCUGGUCAUACAAUGCAGUUUCUCGCUUGUUCAGGGACUGUCAUGAAGAAAAACUGGGGUAAAGCUGUCCCCAGCGGCCCGAGCAAAAGGCGGGAGAUUUGGGAUCAAAUCAUCGCGAUGGAGGACGCUGAUUUCGUGACAUUAUCCGUCGGUGGCAACGAUGUCGGAUUUUUCGAUCUUCUCAACGCCUGUUUAUAUCGAUUUUACGGGCCGGCCUCUCCAGACUGUGCGAAAACCACGAAAGCUACGAGGACGAAAAUCAUGGGUGGAGAAUUUAAGGGGACCUACAACAUGGUUUUGGACGCGAUCCUGGAGAAAAACCCUGCAGAGUCAUUCAGAAUCUUUGUAACCGGAUAUGGCAAAUUCUUUGAUGAAGAACUUACCGAUGAAUGUAAUAAUAGCAGCUUUGGCUAUUGGUUUGGAUACCGGCCAAAACUGACCGUCGAAGUACGACGAUACUUGAACGACAUAUCCCAAACCCUUAACGACGUAAUAAGUCAAAUCAUAAGGGAGCGUAAGGACGGGAGAGUUAUAUGGGUCAACUGGGACCCAAAAUUUCAAGGCCAUCGUUUUUGUGAGCCGGGAAAGGGGUUAAUGGACCAGGAUACAUGGUUUUACGAUACAUCCUUUCGGACGACGAACAUUGGCGUCGUUGACUCGAGAACCUGUGUGGAGAAUGAAAUGGUCGAGAGUGGUGAUUGGGGCAUAUUGGCUCUCUGUGCGAUUGCCGUUACUCACGCCAAUUAUCCAAAUUUGGAGCCCGUUGCUGGAAAGAUCCGCACACGGGGAGGACGGGAUCCCUUUGGCCCCAAAGAUGCAAGGCUUUUCCACCCAAAACCAGAGGGCUACGCAGCUAUCGCUGAGCAGAUCGUAGAGAUGUGGCCAUAUUCGCAUGAGACCCAAAUCGGAAGUGAACGAGGCAGAUUCAAAACGCCGCAAAGCUACGGAGAGAAGUGA